AUGGAAGUCGACCACGCGGGCCCGUCAGCUCCACCAUCCUCAAAUGAAGCAGGUGUCGUUCUGCGCGCCUGCACUCAUUGCGCUCGAUCCAACGCAGGAUGUGUUGGUAGCCUAGAAUUGGGUACUGGAAUCCACAAAUCUACGCCUUCAUCCAGUCGCCUGUCGAAGAAUCGUGUUGAUAAGCUCGAAGAAGAACUAGAUGGCAUUGUUAGUUUACUUACGUCGCAUGAAAUCGGUGCGAGAGAAACACCAAUUCGGUCAAUAACUGCCACGCCUAUCGAUGGGAACGCGAACUCGGGUUUAUCGCUUUCUAUGGUUCAAACAAUUGAUUCCAAUAUCCCUGCACCCGAUCAAGCAAGACACUGGGAUAAUCGACUCCUAGUUGGGGGGUCCCUUGAAAUACGGUUCGGCCUUCCACCGGAGAGUGCCAAAGACAUGAGGGCUGACAUAUAUCGGCUACCCCCAAUUGAUCUUGGCUCUAAAGAUGCUAACCAGCUAUUGCGAAUUUUCCGAGAUGAAAUGAACCCAAGCUUCCCAUUUAUCAGCAUUCCGGAUUCGGUGAAGGCCUCGGAGCUUCGUCGAGACCAGCCAUCUUUGUUCACUUCGGUGAUGGCCGUUACUUCUCGCAACUCUUCUCGGCAGAUCUCACUUGGAAAGCUCUUCAUGAAGCAGAUUGCGGAUCGAAUUCUUGUGAAUGGAGAUCGAAAUAUAGACCUCCUGCUCGGCAUCUUAACUUUUUCUACUUGGCGUUGUUAUCACUUCUUCAACGCUCCAGGUUUAACUAUGCUGCUCUCUUCUGCUAGUACGCUUGUGGGUGAUCUAGGAUUGCACCGACCCUCCGGAAAACAACAAACAGGUAGAGCAAUAGAGCAACGCCGUACUCUCCUAGGCUAUUACUAUAUCCUUUCAAUCGUGUCGACGUUCUUCCGCCGACUAGAAUCGCCGAGAUGGGCCCCAUACCACGAUGAUUGCUGUGACAUCUUGAGUAAUGCCGGAAUCCAUCGAGAUGACAAGUAUGCCGUUGCGCUUCUUAGAAUUCAGUUGUUUGGGGAGACGAUUAGCCACAACCCUUGGCACGGCGUAUCAGACACCGUUGCAACUACAGUUCCCCCAUUGCUUUACGUGAAAAAUCUUCAGGAAUAG